AUGACAAUAGAUAUCUGGAACACAACAAGAUGUGCCACAGACGUGGCAAGAUGUCUCAGAGAUGUAAUGGAAAGUGCCACAAAUGUAGCAAGAUGUCUUAGAGACACGUUUCUGGGGAAUUGUUUUUUGCCUAAUGCCUGUCCAAACGGACGAGAGCAUCAAAAUAACGGUUACGUGAAUGAAUUAAUUUCAUUCAAGAAAACGCUUGUCUUCCUUUUCCUCUCUCCACGCUCUUCUUUUUCCCAUCCAUUACUCUCGACCAGCUGUCUUUCCCAUGAAUCCCAGGCUCUCCUUUGUUUCAAAGCUGCCCUCAAUAUUUCCUACAGCCUCAAUCUGAUUUCGUGGGUGAAUGGAACAGACUGUUGCACCAACUGGACAGGCAUCUCCUGUGACAAUCACACCAACCACGUUGUCUCUCUUAACAUAAGCUAUCUCUUUGCUGAAGGCGUGAUAUCUGAGAGCCUGUGCCAACUUCGUUUUCUCACAUCACUCACUAUAUCCGGAGUAUUCGUCCCUGUUACAUCAGGUACUGACAUUCCUCCCUGUUUGAGAAAUCUCUCUUAUAUUCGCUAUUUAGAUUUAUCUGGAAAUAGCUUUAGUGGGAUGAUUCCCCCUUUCGUUUGUUCUCUCACCCGUCUUACAUAUCUUGAUCUCUCAUCUAAUAACUUCAAUGGAAGCAUACCCUCCUGCCUUGGCAAUCUUUCUUCUUUAACUGAACUUGACCUUUCUUCCAACCAAUUUAAUGGAAGCAUACCCGCUUCUCUUCAAAGCCUUUCUUCUUUAACUGAACUUGACCUUGCUGACAACCAACUUAGUGGAAGCAUACCUGCUUUUCUUGUAAACCUUUCUUCUUUAACUGAACUUGACCUUUCUUCCAACCAAUUUAAUGGAAGCAUACUCGCUUCUCUUCAAAGCCUUUCUUCUUUAACUGAACUUGACCUUGCUGACAACCAGCUUAGUGGAAGCAUACCUGCUUCUCUUGGAAGCCUUUCUUCUUUAAUUGAACUUGACCUUGCUUCCAACCAGUUUAGUGGAAGCAUACCUGCUUCUCUUGGAAGCCUUUCUUCUUUAACUGAACUUGACCUUGCUUCCAACCAGCUUAGUGGAAGCAUACCUGCUUCUCUUGGAAGCCUUUCUUCUUUAACUGAACUUGACCUUGCUUCCAACCAGCUUAGUGGAAGCAUACCUGCUUCUCUUGGAAGCCUUUCUUCUUUAACUGAACUUCACCUUUCUUACAACCAGCUUAGUGGAAGCAUACCUGCUUCUCUUGGAAGCCUUUCUUCUUUAACUGAACUUGACCUUUCUUACAACCAGCUUAGUGGAAGCAUACCUGCUUCUCUUGGAAGUCUCUCUUUGUUGAGAUACUUCUAUCUUUCUAACAAUGAACUGAGUGGGAACAUUCCAGAUUCUUUAGGCAAUCUUUCUUUACUCCAGCUGUUGGAUGGUGUUAGCAAUCGUUUCAAUGAAACCAUCUCUUUUUCCUCACUUCCACCUUCUUUAGUUACAUUAAAACUGUCACUAAAUCACCACCAGUUGAUUUCAGAAACUUUCUUUCACAAGCUUACAAGGUUAAGAAAUUUGUAUUUAUCUGAUUGUGUGCUAAAUAUUAGCACAAUUUGGAUUCCAUCCUUUCAAUUAUAUGAGUUGUCUUUAAUGUCAUGUACAAUUGAUGGUGAAUUUCCACCUUGGAUCUCAACACAAUUCUCACUUGGAAGGUUGGAAUUAACAAAUGCUAGUCUUGUGGGUGUAAUUCCCUCUUGGCUAUGGGAAACCAGUCCUCAGUUGCAAUAUUUAAAUCUCUCAGGAAAUCAUCUAGAAGGAAGCCUAUCCUCAAAUCUUUCAAUAUGUACACAACUUUCAGGGUUAGAUGUGUCAAGAAAUGGACUGAGUGGAUGCAUCCCAUCAAUAUGGCCUUCCAGUAUUUCAAUAUUGUUGCUUAAUGACAAUUUAUUCAGUGGCAAGAUUCCUUCAAGCCUGGGCAAAUUAUCUCAACUCCAAAUAUUAAAUCUUGCAAACAAUUUCUUUAGUGGCAAUAUUCCUUAUAGCCUGGGAAAAUUAUUUCAACUCCAGCUUUUAAAUCUUGCAAACAACAAAAUAAGUGGAAUGAUCCCUGCAAGCUUGUCCAAUUGCUAUUCUCUCAUUGUCUUAAAUUUGGGAAGCAACAAUUUGAAGGGAAGCUUACCAUAUGAAUUUAGUAGACUAAGGCAAUUAACAUCAUUAGUUGUUCAUGGUAAUAUCCUGAAUGGAUAUUUCCCAUCUUCAAUAUCAAAUUGUUCAUUUUUACAGGUUCUUGAUAUUGGGAACAACCAUUUUGGAGGUGAAAUGCCAGCAACAAUUGGAAAAUUUUACAUUCUAAAAGUAUUGGUGAUGAAGAAAAACAAUUUUACAGGGAAUAUUCCUUCAGUCAUAGGCCAAUUAAUAUACCUUCAGAUCUUGCUCCUUUCUUCCAAUCAUUUCUCAGGUUUAAUUCCACACACAAUUGUAUCAUUGCAAGCAAUGACAAUAGAAGACCAAAAUGGUAUUGUAUUGUCCACUUUUUAUGAUGAGCAAACAUAUCGGAAUGGAUUGGAUAUGACUUCAAAGGGUAUAGAUGAGCACUACACAUAUAUUCUUUCCACUCUCACAGCCAUAGAUCUAUCAAACAAUGAAUUGGAGGGAGGAAUUCCUUUUGAUUUCGGGAAUUUAAAGGGGUUAAGGUUUUUGAACCUUUCAAUGAACAAUUUGAAUGGGACCAUUCCAAGUAGUUUGGGAGAAAUGGGUCAGCUAGAGUCAUUAGACCUUUCAAGAAAUAAUUUUUUUGGAAAAAUCCCUAUGGAGUUUAUAUCUCUUAACUCUUUAGGUUUCCUAAAUUUAUCAAACAACCACCUUUCAGGAAGUAUACCCCAAGGAACACAGAUGAGUACAUUUGCAGAAUCCUCUUAUUCAAGAAAUCCUAAUUUAUGGGGUUGUCCCCUACCCAAAAAUUGUUCUUGGCCACAAUAUAUUCCUCGUCCUCCUGAAGUUUCAAUUAACAAAGAAAAGAAAAGCACUAAAUAUCCUUUGUAUGGAAUAGCAUUAGGAUUGUCAUAUGGAGUAGCAUUUGGAGGAAUAGUGUCAUUGAUCUUGAUAAAAAUGAGUUGGAGAAGGAAAUAUUUCAAUAAAGUUGAUGCAAUCCUAAAAAUUGUGUUUCCAUGGAUGAAGGACUUGACACUAUAA